UUUAUUGCUUAGAUGGGUGGACGAGCUCACAGCCCACCUGGUGUUAAGUGGUUACUGGAGCCCAUAGCCAUCCACAACGUAAAUGCGCCACCCACCUUGAGAUACAAGCUCUAAGGUCUCAAGUAUAGUUACAACGGCUGCCCCACCCUUCAAACCGAAACGCAUUACUGCUUCACGGCAGAAAUAGGCAGGGUGGUGGUACCCACCCGCGCGGACUUACAAGAGGUCCUACCACCAGUAAUUACGUAAAUUAUAAUUUUGCGGGUUUCAUUUUUAUAACACGAUGUUAUUCCUUCACCGUGGAAGUCAAUCGUGAAUAUUUGUUGAGUACGUAUUUCAUUAGAAAAAUUGGUACCCGCCUGCGGGAUUCGAACACCGGUGCAUCGCUUCAACACACCGGGCGUCUUAUCCCUUAGGCCACGACGACUUCAUUACAUUACUCUACGAGACAAGCCGCGCUUUUCGUAAACUUGAUAGAUUGCUCAUCUUUUUCUAAUUCCUGCGAUGAAGACAGUUGAAAACGGGCCGAAAAGCCUAGGUUAGGUAAUAUGCGCCUGCACAAAAUAUUUAGCUGAGGUUCAGCAUAAAAUAUGUAAUUAAAAAAACGGGUAUUUAUUCUAAAUAAGAUAAUUAAAACCACGUAAAACCUAUUCGUAUAACGCACCCUCAUACGAUAUUCCUGCAGUUGUAGUAUACAAGCCGCGGCGGAGACACGUGUUAGCAGAAAAGUUUGAAGAAUAAAUAAAGCAAUCUUAUAAUCAAAACUCGAAACAAACAUGAUUUAUUUUAAAGCGAUCUUCGGUGUGGUUUCUCUGGUUUUGGCUGUGGCGACGCAAGCUGUACAAGCAGCAUUGACGUCUCCGUGUCCUGAGUAUUUCACUUACGAGAUAUCCCCAUCGACACCAGAUCGGUGGCAUGGCGUAUUAGUGCUGCCUCCUGAAAUCGUUGAAGACUACUUAUGGAUUUACGUCGCAUUGAAUCGCAAAGCUGAUGUGUUUGCCAGCAACAAAGGAUCUACCUCGACCGAAAACUUUCAAGAAUUCUUAUUCCAGAAAAGAGAUUAUUUCAAUUUUGAUAGUGCAAAGAGUGAAGAAACUAUAAGGUUUGUUACAUCUUACGAUUAUGCCCAUCCGAUACCGCGUGUUAAGAUUAUAAGAGUCAAUGGACGCGAAAUAUGCAGAGACGAUAAUACGACACAAGUCGGAAACAAAAUAAGCUUUCCGACGCGCCCAGAGCUUCCGAAUAUGCUGCUUAUAUCAAAAUUGAAUGCAACCGGCUAUACACCGGAGUUUUUGACAAUUUUCCAAAACUCAACCUCUGGAGUUGCGCGAUAAAGUGCAUUUUCGACUUUAAAUACUGGAACUGUGUAUUAUUGUUAUUAACUAACGUUGCAUUAGACAAUAAAAUUUGCUGCUUCA